GGCCUGCCACAUAUCCGAGAGAAGACAAAGCUGCCCCAGUUUGCUAAAAAGCCAAGCUAAUGGAAGUGUUGUCAGUCAACGCCACGUCCUUGACGCGAUCAGGUGUCUCGUCACGUGGAAGCUCGACGCCGCGGAGCUCAAAGACCCAGUACAAGAUGGACGAAGACUACUCGUCGGGCAAUAACAACGACGCCCAACCUCAGCAGCAUCCUGUAGUCACAAAAAUCAAAGCAACACGCUGUUAUCGUCCCAAGGAGUGGAGUCCUGAGGCGGAGGAAGCGUUCCGUGUGCAACAGACGGGCUGGCGCGACAUCAAGGAGUACAUGGAGACGUACGGCGAGCCGGAACGCUGGCAGAACGGCUUCGUGCGUUGUACCCGAGUCAAAGCCAACGGAUACUACACGUACUGGCGACCGCAUCGCGAGUGCGACGACAAGUAUCUGCACACUGUCAAGCUGUUCGAGUACGCGUAAGGACACGUCGUUAGACAAGAACAAGGGGCUGCAUCAUAUUCGCGCCAAUCCACUUAUAGCCCUUCUCUUUUACUCUACGAAGCUGAGCUGACCAAGCGCUAACGCAACACCAAUACACACGAUGGCGAACCACCACAGCGCGUUAGUGGACUCGCUGGGCU